GCGCCGUCCUAAGCGGCCCUCUAUUGUUUGUUCGCUGUGUAGCUCAAGAAUGCAGUUGCCUUCCGCACGUGUUUCUUCGAGAGUUUAUCAAUGACUCCGAAAAAAAUUCAGACUGAGGAAUCAGCGAAUUAGAUAAUCAAUACUAAUUCCACACUUCCGAUGUGUUUGAUCAGGACAUUGCCUAAGCCACACAAUUAGUCAUACACGAGGCUGAUAGCAGUGAUGGGGAAAAAUAAAGCACUAAACCUUCCCUUGCACAAAUGUGAUUUAUGUGAAUUUGCCACCAAGAAUGUGUACAUCUUCAAGCGUCAUAGGGUUAGAUGCAAAAAGGAAAGAAAAAAGACAAAAGGUAAAGCCAAGCCUACUGUUCCUAUGUUUGCCUCAGCAGCUACACCGAAAGGAAUCACCAUCUCUAGAAUCCGGCCUAAAGAAUCCACACCAUCUGAGGGUCAGUCUACACAGAAAUCUACAGUGGUUAAGGGUAGUGUUGCUGUUGUCCAUAACCCAGUGCCCGGGAAGGCAAAGAACAGGUCAUACUACUGCACAGAUUGUGGAUUUAGCACAGGAAAAUCACGAAACUUUUUGUUUCAUCAAGUCGAGGACCACAACUACAACAUUAGCAUUUUUGCCUGUGCAUACUGUGAAUACUGUUCAAGGUUUAAACAAAAAAUAAAGAAGCAUGUCCAAAUGGUACACAAGACUGAAAUUGAUUCUGCAACUAUUGAGGCUUUGUAUGAGGCAAAAAGUAAUGUCAGGACCUCUACACAGAAAUCAUUGAGCAGCAGAUCACAUGAUUCAUUUGAGGGACCCCCAACCAUGGUGAAAAGACCCCCAACUAUGGUGAAACCUGAAAGGAACAUCAGAGCUACAUCGGUGGCCAAAGGGACCAUGAAGAAUAUUGUGGACAUCGAUAUUUUCAUAGAGGAAGUGGUUGGUUCCACUGGUCAUGUUAACUUCAAAUGCAGAAAAUGUGCAUUCAAUAAUCCAGACAGAGACUUUGUACAGAAACAUGUGAACACUAACCAUUUAAAUACUAAACAGUUUUCAUGCACAUUGUGCAGCUUUAAAACAACGAAGAAGAUUGAGUUUUUUGCCCACAAAGCUGAACAUGGCAACACGGAUCAAGCCACAAAGAUUCAGACAUUGAACGAGGCAAUGACUACAAACAACACUGGUGUAACCAGCCAGCAGAAGGAUAUGGAUUGCUCCAAUUACUUUGGAGAAACAAGUACAUUUGGUGAUGAUGGAUAUGAAGAAACUCCUCAAACUGAGUACAGUGGGGAUAUGGGGCAGGUCAAAUCAGCAGCAUACCAGUGCCAGGAGUGUGACUAUAGUUCUGACUUUAAACCCAAUUAUGACCGACAUCGCAACAACCACACCCAUUCCUUUGCCAACAAAUGCAAUUUCUGUUCAUUUUCCAGCGAUAAUGAUAGGGCCAUCAUUAGACACAUGGCAACCAGUCAUUCCAGCAUACACGAAGACAUAACUGUGGUGAUUCCCCAUGCUCCGGAGGAAGAGGACGAAGCAGCGGUUGAAAUAGACACCACUCGUGGAACAGUUGACCAAUCAAAGAUGGACUAUGAAAUAGAUGACAGUUUGGACAUGACUCCAAACUCUACAGGAAGUGACUCCAAAGAACAUAUUGUGGCCAAGUAUAGUUACAAGCUUCAGACUCCUGAUGGAUCCUAUGCCUGUCCUUGGUGUGGCCUGAAGUACAAGAGAUCCUGGGAUUUGGACAGACACAUGAAGCUAAAACACAAUAAGAGGAUGAAAAAUCAUCUGCUACAGAUGUUGCAAGAGGAACAAAAUGACAAUGCAGAGGGCAUGGAUGAUGCAUCCUACCAAGAUUCUGAUUCCUCUAACCUAAACAAUAGUGAUGUAUCAAAUCAACAAACUUUCACAGCGGAGGACCUAAAGUGUCAGCAAUGCAGUUUUGUGGGGAAAUGGCCAAGUGAUGUCAAGAGACAUUCUGCAGUUCAUACUCUGGAAAAGAGAUACAAAUGCCCAGAGUGUUCCAAGCAAUACAAAUAUGUUGGAGAUUUGAAUGUUCACCUGAGACGUGAUCACAAGAUGGAGCCUGCUAAUGUACCCAUUUUAAGAGUUCCAAUGGUUGCUAAUAGGAAAUCUUCUCCAGCUCUAUUUAAAUGUCCUUCCUGUUCCUUUGCUUCGCCAUGGAAAUCUGAGGUGGACCGCCAUUCGAAAAAGCACAAAGAUGACAAGCCUUUUCAUUGUAACUAUUGCAGAUAUCAAACACACUGGAAAGGUGAUAUCAGAAGACAUAUGUUUAAGCAUCACCCAGCAGUGAUGACAGAUGGGAUCAAAGUUGAGGAGGUCAUAACUAUUCUGGAGGACAAAAUCAAAGACAAGGGAAGUCGCUCAAGUCAAAUGGAUGUGGACAGUGAAGAUGGGAAAUACCCAGAUGACAUGUCAGAAAACAAUGAUUCCAAUCUUUCUGAUCCUAGUUUGCAGAACAGUGACAUAUAUGGCCAUUUGGACAAUGAUAAUGAAGAGAGUAAUAUCAGCUCUAACACUGAGACUUCAUUUGGAAAUCUUGAAGAUACAAAUUCAAGAGAAAACUCGAGGAGUGGAUCUCCGUCGUCUUCUAAAGACACAGUGUUUAAAUGUGAAUAUUGUCCAUUCAUUACAAAUGCUCCCUCCAAGCUUUCAUCUCAUGUUUCCACCCACACCAACCUGAAGCAGUACAUGUGUCCAGUGUGUGGCAGAAGGGCAAAUUGGAAAUGGGACAUCCGCAAACAUAUAAAGCGUGACCACCCAGAAAGCGAUCUAGAUGUCAUCAAGAUGAGCGAGCAAGAGGCAGAGGCCACAAUCAAGUCAUAUAUGGAUACAAUGCCUGUUGUAAGGAGAGAGCACCAUCUAAAUUAUGACUCCACAACUAAAGAGAACAAGAAUGAUUUGGAGGCACUGAGUUCUAAAUGGAAAGGCUACAAAUGUGGAGCUUGUGGCUUCAAGUCCAGUAUGAGGUGGACAGUGAGUAGACACAUAAGAACAGUGCAUAGUGGCAAGGCUAUUGACAUUGUUUAUCAUGGAGGUGAAGAGAAAGGCAAGGACAUUAAAUCUGCUGAUUCAGCAAGCAAUAUGCCAAGAGUAUCACAAAGUAACAAAAUUUCCACAGAAAAACCCUACAUGUGUGCUGAGUGUGGCAAGAAAUGUGCCUUUAAAGCUGAUGUCAAAAAGCAUUAUCAUUACAUUCACCCAUAUAUGGAUGUCAAGAUAAUUUAUAUAGAAGGAUCCAGUGGCACUCUCCUCACACCUGAUGAACUGAAACCAAAGUCACAAAACAAACUGGAGAAGCUGUCCAAGGUCAAUCCAGCAGAAGCACAUAAACCAUUUGGUUGUGGAGAACCUAACUGUCAGAAGAGAACAAACAGUCAGGGUGAUAUGAAGAGACACUACAGCUUUAUACAUCCAAACGUUGAUGUCAAGUUUUAUUAUAAAAAUGAAACAACUCCUAGAAAUAUUGACGAACCUCUGAAUGGGAAGUCCACACCAACUCCACCGAACAAACCCUUGGGAUCAGCCAAUCCUAAGGUUUUUGGCUACAUCAAGCCAUUCAAGUGCUCAGCUUGUGGCCAUCGCUCAAACUGGAAGUGGGAUUUAAACAAACACAUGAGAAUGAAGCAUCCAAAUAUGCAUGCUACAGUUAUUACAAUGGAUGUAAGAGAAGCCAAGGCAACCUACCAUGACUACAUGAGAGAGCUUGCAGCAGCUAAUAAUUCCACUCCAAAUAAACCAAGUGAAAAACCAAAAACACCAUUAGUGUCAUCAGAAAAGGUGAGGUAUGAGACAAACAAGAUGCCCUCUAGAAGUGUCUUUAGGCAGUUUAAGUGCUCAGCCUGUCCAUAUAGGUCUAAUUGGAGAAGCGAUCUUGUUCGCCACAUCAAAAGGAAGCAUGGCAUGAUCAGAGCAAAGAUCAUUCUACUGGGGACCGAGGAGGCCAAGAAAUCAUUGACAGAGUAUGACUACAAUCCAAGAUUCCGUCGUAAUGCUAUGAAGAAACUGGAGAGAAAAGAUUCAGGGAGGAUCUGGAAGUGUGCCAAAUGUAAAUUCUGUAACAAAGACAAAGUUCUAGUGAUUAGACAUCUAUCAUCUCAUGGUGUGAAGGCCUACAAGUGCAAUGAAUGUGGCUAUGCAACGAAUUAUAGAAGUUCUGCCUUCAGGCACAUAAAGGCAAAGCAUGGCACCGAGAGUAUGUCUAUAUGUAAAGUCUCCAUAAAAUACAUCAAAGAUAUGAAAGGAGAUAUUGAUCUCUUGAGAGAGAUCAACAACUCCUCAGAGAAAAUGGAUGAGGAAUCUGAUGAAAGUGAAAUCAUGCCUGAUGAUAAGGGGGACAACACGAGGUAUAUUGAGUCAUUUAGAUGCAAACUGUGCACAUUUCAAGCUAACUGGAGGUCCUCAGUGUGUAGACAUAUUCGUCAGACUCAUAAAACAAAGGAUUACUCCAACUUGAUUGAAGUCAUCCACAGACAUUAUGAGACAGAGGAAAAGAGAAGAACAAGUUCUACUUCCUCAGACAAACAGCUUACAAAAGAAAAUUUCUUUAAGCCACCAGUUGACCCAAAGAAACACAAGUGCGCCAUCUGUCCAUACAAGACUAGUAAACCAAAUCUGCUUCAUUUUCACAUGAGUUGUCACAAACCACAACCAGGAAUUCAACAGGAAAAGUGUAAAUUCUGUCCAUAUUUUGUAGUUGCAAAGCGUCUGCUCCAUCAGCACAUGCGGCUUCAUCUCCAAGACAUGCAUCUGAGACAAAAAGAGGCCGCUAGCAUGAAGUCAACACCCACUAAAAAGGUGUCCAUGUUUCCACCUCAGUCACCCAGUGGAACGCCAAAGAGGUAUAAAUGUAACAUAUGUCCUUACACAACUAACAGCAAGAAUGAUUUUCUCUACCACAAACAGUUCCAUCGUCAGAAGUCUACCUCUGAGUUUAAGUGUGAUUAUUGUGACUACUGGGUGACACAUAAGAGACUGAUCAACCAACACAUGAAAAUGCAUGAGGCAGCUGGUCAGUCCCCUGGCAAUUCCAGCCCUGUAUCAUCCUCACCCUGCAAGUCUGACUUUACAGAAUCUAGUGCCAUACAAGACACGGUUACAUUAGCCAUGUACAAGCAACGAAUGAUCUCAUCUAAAAUUACACCAAGCAUUUCACAAAAGCCAGCCAUGUCACCCAUGAAAAUUGCAUGUUCUGUUGGCAAUAGACCAGGAUAUGCUCUAAAGAAUGGUGUGUACAGAAAAAUGCAUACCUGUGACAAGUGCCCUUACAUGAAUCUGCGUCUAAGGAAUUUGCGUCUACACCAAUUAAUGCAUGGAUACAGGAAAUCCAAGAACCCCUUGUUGAAGUGCCCACAUUGUGAUUAUUAUGUGGGUUCUAAAGGUCUACUAUCACAUCAUCUAAAAGUACAUCAGCCAAGUUAUAGAGCAGACACAUCAAUGGACCUUUCAAUGGAGUUAGACAAUGGGGAGGAGAAUGGACCCAUGUUGGAGGAAAUGGAAGAUUCCAGUUCAGAUGUAGCAGACAUCUCAUAUGACAAUAAAGUGGACACACUGUAUGAAAUUGCCCGCUGGAAAAAGUACAGUUGUGAGAAAUGCCCAUAUGCUAGUGCCAAAAAGUCUCAUUACGAGCGUCAUGUUGCUCUGCAUGGCAGUAAGCAGAGAUGCCAGUGUCAGUACUGUGAUUAUAGCGUACCCUCCAACAACCUGUUGAACCAGCAUCAGAAGCUUCACAUGACUCCAAAUCAAAAUCUUUUGGCUGUGCAAUCCCUGUCUAACCUCCAAAUGUUAUCUGAGGUCCCAGCUGAUGUGGCCUUGUCUAGUGCCUUACCACCACUGGACAAGAAAGGAACCUUCUCCGUCAGUGUAACACAUGACCACAUGGAUAUGUAUGAAAAUUCAUCAGAGCUGGACGUAGAACCAAAGAAAUUGUACAGAUGUGAUAGAUGUCCCUAUGCCAAUGUCAGACGAGAUCACCUUUUGGCUCAUUUAAAAUUUCACAUGAUCAAGAGUGAACUUGCGUGUCCAUAUUGUGAUUACUCUGUGUCCAAACAGCAUCUCCUGACACAACACAUUGGAGUCCACUUUUGCCCUCUGCCAGAACUCUCAAGCUGGUUGGCACAGAAUGGUGAAAUGGACAGAGUCAAACAAACCAAAAAUCCUGAUCUCUCUGAAGCACUGUUUGUUGCAGAACUCUAUCGUGCAGAUGCCUGUGGCAAAGCAAAUGCGGAAGAUAUUUGCAAUAUUGAUGCUGAGAAGAAAAUUACAGAGGCUGUCAAUGAUGGAAAAGAAGUGAAGGCAGCAAUAAAAGAUGUGAAUAUGGAGAAUAGCUGUGCCUCGAAUGUGGAUACUGCAACUAAAACUGAUGCAAAUGAUGAAAUGUGUAAUGAAAAGAUUGAACAGAUGCCAGAGGAACCUGAAAAUACUGACAAAAACACAGACAGCAAGAUACCACGUGAAGAAAAAACUCAUGAGUUAGAAAAUAGUGACAACAGCAGGCAGCCAGGAGAGAGGCCCAAUACAAAGCAGACAGAAGCAGAGGGAAGCCGGACAGAGCCAGAGGGAAACCAGACAGAGUCGGAGGAAAGCCGGACAGAGCCUGAGAACAAUGAGUACAUAUGCCAGUUCUGUGAGAGGGAGUUUUCUGCAUCUGAUAUCCUUGUCAAACAUGAAAUGCAACACCUUGUGGGAAACAACUAUGAGGAGUACAUGACACAGGUUCAAAUGUUAGCAGAACUAAGUGAUGAAGAGGAAGAAGACCUACUAGGAGAAGAGAUGUUGGAUGUGGAGAUGAUGGACGAUCAUCCAGAAGAGGAGGAAGAGACAGGCAAUGAAGUGGAUGAUGGACAUGAAGAGGUGGAUGAGGAGGUGUCCUUUAAGAAAGACACGACCAUGGAAAGUACAGAUGCCAUUUUAGAGAGUGUGGACGUGGAAAUGAAAGAGGAGUCCAAGAUGGAGGAUGAAGGGCUGCACAGUGAAGAUAUUGAAGGAACAAAGGAAGAAAAGAAAGAGGGAAGUGACUAGAAUAAACAUUUGGUUUUGAAAUGAUGAAUGAUAAUGAUGCUGACAAAGUGUAGAUAAGGGGGAAGAAAGUACUGUGGAAUGUGGAUAGGUGAUGUUACUUCCAGUGUAAAUAAAGUUCAUACAGUGAAAUAUCAAGAACUCCAGAAUGAGACAAUGGCUUUGGAAUUUACAGUGCAUUAUAUUGUUAGUUAAGAGCUGUGAUAUAUUGCCAACCAUAAUAAGCCACCUAUUGUAUGUUAAGAAACCUCUGUGUAUUACAAUGUUCAUCCAUAACACACAAUAUAUAAUAUAUGUCGGGGGCAGAUGCAGAAAUUUUCUGAAAGUAUUGCAAUCGUAGAUGGUACAUAUUUUGCAGAAAAAGAGGGUCCCACUUUGGCACAAUUACUAAUUUAUUCAAUUAAUUUAUUACAAAAUAAAUUUCAACCAUAGGGGAGGAGAGGGAUGGUUGCAACACCUAUUGAUCUCCCACUACAGGUGCAGUCAUGAGAAGCAAAUGUGUAAAUUAGGAUUUCUUGUAGUACAGAUGUACAACUAUAACUUGUAAUAUAAAUCAAUUAAAUGUAAUGUACAGUUGUAACAUACAACAUAUUAAUGUCAAUCAUAAAUUUAAUGUAAUACAAUCAUUUACAUGCAACAUAGAUUGUAAAUCAAGGACUCUGGUGUAACACCAGCCAUAGGAUUUCUCCAUCCUUUGUUUGCAGUUGGUAGUGUAUUGGGUUUUUUUCUUCACUGUUGUGUUUUACAUCAAUGAAUGGGUACUUGAAUGUUUUCUGUCAUUGAUGACAUAAUUUGAAGAAAAAAACAACCAACCAAGUGUUUGUAAAUCAUAUCCAUGUACACCAUUUUCAGAGACAUCAUCUAUUUAAAAAAAAUCAUUAUUUCAGUGAAGUGUGCAGAAUUAUGAUGUCUUGAAUUGUAAUGUUCAACAAUCCAUCGCUUAAUACGUAUAUUUGUGUUUGCGGAGAUUGUAGGUCAGUUUGUUUUUCAAUGGAUGUUUUUUUGAAUCGGUGACCUGUCAUGUUUGCUAAAUCAUAUUUUCAUCACAUGAAUGUGAGUCCAUUUCAUGUUUUACAUAUAUAUAAUUGUCACAACUUACUCUUACAUCUAUCUGCACGAAAUUGAAGUGAAAUGUGUGAAGCAUUUGUAUGAUCAAAUAGAAAUCUGUUUUGUAUUAUAGGAGUCUUAUUAUUGUCCUCAUUACAUGUAGUUAUUAUGUAGUGUCAUUCUUGGUCAUGAUUUACAUGCUGUGUACAUGAAAUGUACUUAAAUUAUUUGUUAUGUAG